UUCUGUGAAUUUAGGGUUUAGAAUUUUAUCAUUUUGGCUCCAUUUCUUGCUCGAACUAUAUUCAAAUUUGCAAUUUAGAGUAGAUUUUUGUAGGAAUAAUAGAGAGAACCCACCCAAUAUCGGUUACGCGAACAAUAAUUGGAGAUCUGCAAUUUUGUUCUGUAGAAAUGGCGCAAAUGGUAUGUGGAUCUUGCAGGCGAUUGAUUUUGUCAUCGAAGAGAAUCCAAACAAGUGGUAUCAGACUGCUUGGAAGCUUCUUCCAUGGCUUUAUCUGUUACGCUUGCAGUGAAGCUUGUGCUGGUUUCAGUCACCUGAAGCUGUAAAGGAAGGAUCUUGGGAAUGUUAUCUCAAUUCUCAUGCUUGGCUUUUGCUAGAUUAGCAUGUGAAUGACACAACUGUCAGUUUAUAAAUUUUGAUUAAAUAAUUCAAACGUGGGAAUUAAAAAAGAAAACAUAAAUAGAAGAAUUAGUUUUUACUCAAUCCCGCCAAUGGAAAGGAGAAAGUAAAGCAAUCGGAUCAAAGAAGCAAAGCAAAGAGCAAAGAUUAAGGCUUUUCGAGAAUGAGAUUGUCGUUGAGAUUGUGGGUUGCGAGUGUACUCGUGCUUACACAGCUUGUCCAUGGAGCUCUAUGUUGGGGGAAGGAUGGUCAUUACACUGUCUGCAAAAUAGCCGAGGGAUAUUUUGAGGAAGAAACUGUAGCUGCAGUGAAGAAACUUCUGCCUGAAUCUGCUGAAGGAAAUCUAGCAGAGUUUUGCUCAUGGCCUGAUGAAAUCAAAAAGCUUUCGCAAUGGCAAUGGACUAGCGCUUUGCACUAUGUCAACACUCCUGAAUACAGAUGCAACUACAACUAUUGUCGGGACUGCCACGACACUCAAAAGCAUAAAGACUGGUGUGUGACCGGCGCAAUCUUCAAUUACACACAGCAACUUAUGUCGGCUUCGGAAAACUCGCAUACUUUAGUCCAGUAUAACUUGACAGAGGCUCUCAUGUUCUUAUCACAUUAUAUGGGAGAUGUUCAUCAGCCCCUGCAUACUGGUUUUCUUGGAGAUCUAGGUGGUAACACGAUAAUAAUCCGCUGGUACAAUCUCAAAACAAACUUGCACCAUGUCUGGGAUAACAUGAUAAUUGAAUCUGCUCUCAAAACAUACUACAAUUCAAGUCUUCCACUCAUGAUUCAAGCUCUUCAAGCCAAACUCACGAACGGCUGGUCAAAUGAUGUUCCCACGUGGGAGUCAUGUCAACUUAACCAAACAGCCUGUCCAAAUCAGUAUGCUUCGGAAAGCAUAGGUCUUGCCUGCAAGUAUGCUUAUAGGAAUGCCACACCAGGAACUACUUUAGGAGAUGACUACUUCCUCUCUCGGUUACCCGUUGUAGAGAAGAGACUUGCGCAAGGAGGGAUUCGCUUGGCAGCAAUUCUUAACCGUAUCUUUUCUGCAAAAACUAAAGCUCUCUAGAGCAUGGAACUUGUCUUUUGAUUUAUACAGUGCUACGUUUUUAAUAUUUGAUUAUAUGAAAUUAUGAAACAAUGUGAGUUUUUUCCUCCAAAUCUUAUCUUUCUUGUUUGUAAUUCUCAAUUUCAACGUUGUACG